UCUGUUUCCAAACAAUUUUGAGAUCCCCCGGGGACACGAGGCCUUUCGACAUGUUUCGGGACGCGUCAAUACAUUCGCUGAUACCAACGACGCUGCUUCUUCUCUGCCUUGAUGCUGGUUACGUCUUGGCAGCUUCGGAAGCCUCGGGCCUUGAUCGCUGUCCAGAUUAUGUCGCUAAUCAUGCGCCAUUAGUAUGGCUUCAUCCAGAGGAUCGCUUCAUGCCUAGCGAUUUAUCAGCUCACCUCAUCAACACAAUACCGAAACUCAAUGAGCAACCGAUUAGUGGGCCGCCUUCCAUCGACCUCUCGAAUCUUGGGGAGCUCAACAGCUAUGGUGGUGAAGACGUUGCGCUCACAGCCAAGGAAGAUCCUCUCACUUAUCCUCAAUGGAUUCUGGGUGAAGCGCCGGAUGAUUCUGGCCGGAUAGCCAACUCUGUACCCUGCGCUGUGAUCUUGGUAGAGAAGAGCGCCGUUGACAUCGAUGCAUUCUACUUUUAUUUCUACUCAUUCAACGAGGGACCAAAUAUCACUCAAGUUAUGGAGCCCAUCAAUCAUUUAGUCGGAGAUGAGAACCUGUCAUCAGGCAUGCACUUUGGCAACCAUGUUGGAGACUGGGAGCACAAUAUGGUCAGAUUUCACAACGGGACUCCUGUUGGUAUUUACUACAGCCAGCAUAUCGACGGCGUUGGUUUCAAAUGGGACGACUCGACGAUCAACAUUACUGACGGAAGGCCUAUCGUGUACAGUGCUCUCGGUUCGCACGCCAACUAUCCACAAAGAGGCCACCAAAUUCACAACGCGGCAAUGUUCGACUACUGUGACGAGGGCAAGCUAUGGAACCCAGCCCAAUCAGCCUACUACUAUCGUUUCAAUCCCGAUUCUUUCACCAUUAUCCCGAUUAUUUCGCCAUUUGAACCCGCUUCGACUGAGCCCGCUCAGAACUACACUUCGUGGUUCGACUUCACUGGCCACUGGGGCGACAUCAGCUAUCCCGACUCUGACCCACGGCAAGAAACGGUGCCGCACUUUGGUCUCAAACGCUUCAACUCUGGACCCAACGGACCUCGCUUCAAGCAUUUAAUUCGUAAGGGUCUUGUGCGUGAUCAUGCGCGAAAGAUGGGCUGGAAAGAGUGGGCAGUUGGUGUUUUUAUGUACUGGUAUCCUUGUUGCAUACGAGGCUGGAGAUUAUGGAGGUCUCUCGGGAUCAUGGCCGUGAUGAUGUCGGCGUUUAUCCUUGCCGUUGUGUACGGCAUUAGAAGAUUGAAGACGUGGAGGCAGAGACAGGUUUACACGAAACUGAAGAAUGAUGAUAUUCAGAUGGAAGAGUUGAGGCGGGAAGAGGAAUUCUUGAUAGGGUCUGAUGAUGAUGAGGAUGAUCAUCGAAGAUAGACGGGUUGGUUUUUCUUUACUGUUCAAAUAGAUAUAGAAUUAGACAAGCAACAAGACUUUCGAUCAUCCAUC